CUACUGACUUUCCUAAUAAGGAAUUUGAACUGUCUGCAGCUGCAACAGCCAACAAGCGUUGUCUAACGUCACGCAGAGUUAGAAAACUGAAAUUCAACCAACAAUCUCUUCCUUGUCCAUUUAGUCAUUUUGAUCAUUUCUUCAGAGAAUGUCGUCCACCUCACAGAAGCAUCGUAACUUUGUAGCUGAGCCUAUGGGAGAAAAAGCUGUUACAGAUCUUGCUGGUAUUGGAGGAGUGCUAGGAGAUCGUUUAGAAAAGAAAGGCUUUGAUAAGGCAUCUGUUGUAUUGGGACAAUUCCUGGUCUUAAAGAAGAACAAAGAACUUUUCGUGGAUUGGCUCAAAGACACAGCUGGAGCCAACGCCAAACAAGCAGGAGAUUGUCACCAAUGUUUGUCAGAUUGGUGUGAUGAGUUUUUGUAAUCUUUUACCAUUGAUGUUGAUUGGGUGUUUAUCUGCUAUCAGUCUCAAUUCACCACCACCUAUCGUAAAUACUUCCAGCACACACAGCAUACUCUUAAAACUUUUAAUACCUGCUCGCCGCUGCCUUGGUGGAAGGGCACUGCAUCGUAUAUAUUUUAAUUACGCAUGUAUGUAUGUCCCCAUGAAAUUAACAUACAAGUUAUAUUCUGGAAAACCAGCCAUUAGUGGUUCUUCUAAAUGAAAAUCAAAAUAUAAUUAGUUCAAUGUG